UAAACACGAAAGUUCUCUACCUCUCAGAAAACCCUGAAGAAGUAGAGAAUGCCAUUAACAAUGGGCAUGCAGCUGCCAUCAUGUUCCCAAAUGACGAGGAGAACCGCUGGAGUGAAGACGGAGAGCUACGCGUGGCCUUCGAUGGAGAUGGAGUCCUGUUUUCUGAUGAGUCCGAGAUUGUUUUUAAGAAGAAAGGGCUGGAAGCCUACAUAAAAAAUGAGAAUGAUUCCGAGGACAUCCCUCUUGGAGAGGGUCCCCUGAGGUGCUUUUUGGAGGCUCUUGUUAACAUGGAGAAAAAAUUCCACGCCAAAGGUCUGUAUAGAAACUGCCCUGUGCAGACCUUCCUGGUGACAUCACGCGACCCAGUCAUUUCUGGGACCAGGGUCCUGAAGACCCUGAAGAGCUGGGGUCUGGAGCUCACUCAGGCGUUCUUCUUAUCCGGGAGGCCCAAGGGGCCCCCACUGAGUAUGAUCCAGCCACACAUCUUCUUUGAUGACCAGAAGCCACACAUCGAUGGGGCACUUAAGCUGGGGGUCAUCUCUGCCCACGUGGCUUAUGGGAUAGGAUAUGAGACCUACAAGGGUGCCUGCAAAGAAGGAGUAUUAACAAACCUUGGGGACAAAUAA